GGGGUUGAGGGGGAGGGGUAGGGGAUUAAAUAGGAGAACCAAAAAAAAAAAAAAUUGGACCGGUUUGGCCCGGCCCGGCCCGGUUUGGCCCGGAACCGGAACCGGAACCGGCCACCGGCGGUUCGGGCUCGGGCCUCCCCUUUCCUGGCCCGAGGCCCGGCCGGGCCCGAACCGGCCCGAGUCCAGCACUAGUUACGGAGAAGGAUAAUAAGUCUGUUGGAGAUAACUCAAACUGAACUACUGAAAAGUCUUAAAAAGAUAAGACCAGAGAUCCUCAAAAUUAUGAAACUGCUUGAAUAUUCAAGAUCAGGGAAUGUGUUGUUUGAUAGGAGGGUCAAAAGGCUUCAGAAGAAAUUCAAACAUCUUUCGCGUAUGGCGAAUGAAAAAAAAUCUUCAGCUGAAAGCUAAAGACGCAGAAACUUCAAGGAACCAAGCAGAUCUUGAAAACAAGGAUCACUUGCUCAAGAAGAUAGAGAAAGAUAUCAUAGAGCUAAAAGUGGCUCUUGAGCAAUUGCAGAAUGGAAGGAAUAAACUACAUAGUAGAUUGGAAAUGGCAGCAAAGCAAGAUUCCCCCAAGUUUUUUUCAGGGGUCGAGGGAAGAUGCCCGUAUUGCCCACCCCUCGGACUGGCCAUGGACUAAUGCAGACAUGGUUAGCAUGGUUGAUCACAAGGAAUCAGUGCAAGAGCAAGUUCAUCAGCAAAGUAAAGCAACAGAAGUGGAGAAAGAACUGGUAUAUCUUUGGUGGUGUAAUGCUUGCUUGAGGCAUGAGCUGAUGAAAAUGAGUCAAGCAGAUGCACCCAAUUGAUACAGCUGAAAAACAUGGAGAGUUUGCGGAUUUUUCAUCUGAACAUGAACUAAGGAUGCAUUCUAUGACUCCGGAGCACCAUUUAGCUAAUUGCUUAGCCGUCCCAAUCAGCGAGCACCUCUCACGACCGUUCAAAACGGGAAAGGUGGGCUGAGAAAAUCAAGAAGUGGAGGCAGACAGCUAAGCAUAAUAACUAAUAAUUAGAUGGAUGAGAAAGAGAAGCAUGAGACAAAGUGCUUGGAAAGCAUUCACAUUCUGUUGCUUCUCGGGAUUUAGUGCUUCCUGCUGCAAGAAACUCAUGCAUGCUUUAGUGUGCUUUUAGACCCGAGUUUAACUCAUGUCAAUUAUGUUAGGGGUAACCAUUUUUGGCAUAGGACUGUGUAAGUACUAGGAGAAUAUUAGGAUGAAAGUUCAACCACCCCCUCAACGUUAAAUUGUCUGGCCGCAGAUUCAUCAGUUUACUCCAUAGAAUGACUCGUACUAAUAUUGCAAACGACCUUCUUUAGUUUGAGCUUACACUACAAAUAGUGAAACACAAAUGGUCAUUGUAACAAGUUAUGCAACAAAAUAAUUAGAUAUUAACAAAGGUUGUGUCAAUUUCUU